GAGGUCAUGGAGAUAAAGAAUUCAACAUUGCUGACAGAGUUUGUCCUCACAGGACUCACUGACCAUCCAGGACUGCAGGGGCCCCUUUUCCUUUUAUUUUUGAUGAUGUAUCUCAUCACCAUUGUGGGGAACUUUGGUCUCAUCACUCUCAUCUGGAAUGACUCUCACCUGCACAUCCCCAUGUACUUUUUCCUUGGAAAUUUGGCCUUUGUGGACACUUGGCUCUCAUCCACAGUGACACCAAGGAUGCUGCUAAACUUGUUGGGCAAAGGCAAAGUGAUUUCUCUCUCUGAAUGCAUGCUACAAUUUUUUGUCUUUGCAAUCUGUGUGACUACAGAAUGCUUUCUCUUGGCAGCAAUGGCCUACGAUCGCUAUGUAGCAAUAUGCAAACCUUUGCUUUAUCCGCUGAUUAUGACCAAUAGACUAUGUGUAUAUCUACUAACCUUGUCAUUUGUGGGUGGAAUUAUUCAUGCUUCAAUUCAUGAAGGAUUUUUAUCCCGAUUAACAUUCUGCAAUUCAAACAUAAUAAGUCACUUUUAUUGUGAUGUUAUGCCACUGUUAAAGAUUUCCUGUACUGACCCUACUAUAAAUUUUCAAUUGGUAUUUACUUUGGCUGGUUUAAUUCAGGUCUUCACUAUUGCUAUUGUUCUUGUUUCAUACACACUUGUGUUGUUUACGAUUUUAAAAAGAAAGUCUGCCAAAGGCCUAAGGAAGGCUUUCUCCACUUGUGGAGCACAUCUGCUGUCGGUGUCCUUGUACUAUGGGCCUCUUCUCUUCAUGUACGUACUCCCUACAUCUCAGCAAGGAGAUGAUCGAGAUAUAAUAGACUCUCUAUUUUACACAGUCAUAAUUCCUGUGUUAAAUCCAAUCAUCUAUAGCCUACGAAACAAGCAAGUCAUAGAUUCCCUGACAAAAGUAUUAAGGAAAAGUGUUUAG